AUGGGCAGCGGCGAGGGCGUGGAACUGACGGUCCUGAUCACGCGGUGGCGGGCGGCGGCGAGGUCGGGGCGAGCGAGGCUUCGAAGCUCCUGGUUCACUGAGUCGCUCUCGGCCAUCAGGGAAGCCGCCCUCGCCACCAACCUCUCUCCCUCGCGGCGCCUGACGGUCAUGCACGCCUUCAACAACCUCCUGGCGUCGAAGCUCCAAGAAGUGCUGAUCCGAAGUGUCGAGGACGUGCUGAAGUGGCUGGGGAGCGAGGAGGAGCCGUGGGUCGGGCCUCGACUCAAGCUCUACCUCGGGCUGGAGGACAACGAGGUGUGUCUCCGCCCAGACGAGUCGGAGCUCUACUCGGCCUUCACGGAUCUCUUCAAGGAGUUCGACGAGUGCGUGCAGCUCUACCGCGGGACGUGGGACGAGCCUCGGCCGCCGAAGGUCCCGAAGUGGAGGCAGCGAGCCGCGACGAUGGGUCCUCCGGGAGAGGAGGACGUGGCUCCUCCGCUCAGGCCGCUGGAGCCGCGACGAGAGACGUUGGUCGUCACGCUGUCGGAGCCGCAGUGGGACAGCUUCCGGUCCUGCCUCAGCGCCAACAUCAGGAGGCGAUUCGAGAAGGCCGGCGAGUUCCUCACGCAGAUCGGUAACUCUGGCGGCGGUUUGGCCACGGAAUGGGCGCCGGUGCUGCAAGGCAGCGUGAGGCAGGAGGUGGACGCGUUUCUGCAGCAGGACGCGCAGCUGGAGGAGUACGCGGGACAGGUGCACCACUACUCCUCCUACGUGGAACAGGCCAGCCACGUGCCCACUUCUGCCAUGCUCUUUGUCUUCAGACUGGAGUACAAGUUCCUCCGGCAGAGCCUCUUGUCCGUGACCUCGACCUUCGUGUCCGUUCUCAAGGACAGACUCAUUGCUGACCACCGCGAGACGACACAAAGCCUGAAUCAGCAGUUCGAGACGAUUCACAAACGGAUCCAAGUGACUCCGACUUCGACCGACGAACUCUUCAAGCUGAUGGAGUACGUGGAGGAAGUGAGGAGGAUCACCAUCCACCGCCUGAUUGAGGAGGUGCAGGAGAUGGUGGCCAGGCUCAAGGUAAUUUUGGAUGUGGUGCAUCUGACUCCAGACGACCUGAACACUACCGCCGCCGUUAUAACGUGGCCCACCAAACUGAAACCUGUUGUUGAUCACGCUGUUGAGUCUUUAGAGGACCUGAAACAAGAAUUCGAAGAGACGCUGGUGGAGAGAGCGGGAGAAGUGUCCCACACCCUCGAAAGGAUCCAGCAGUUCGUCACCGAGUUGGAGGAACUGUCCGACGUCGCGCAUGUAAACAAAUACAUCCGGGAAGUGAGAAAACUCGAAGGGCGUCUGGAGAAGGUGAGCACCCUGGUGUCGUGGGUCAACCAGGAGGAAGCUCUCUUCAAAUUCCAGCUCUCCUCUUUCCCUCUCCUGUCGGAGCUCAAGGAGUGCCUCGUGCCCUACGACGAGCUCUUCACCCUGGUCAUGAAGUGGCGGAAGUACGAGAAGCACUGGAUGGAUGGCGACUUCACGAGUCUCGACCCGGAAUUCAUCGACGUCGAGACCGAGGAGUUGGCGAGCCGCUUGUCCUCCUGCCUCGAACUGCUCCCUUAUCGCCCCCUUAUCGCCUCCAGGGAGCUGUUCCGCCUCCGGAAGGCCUUCAAGAUGAAGUUCAAGCAGCAGGCGCUGGAGGGCGACCCGAGGAAGGCCCGCAUGAACUUGGACGACCCUAAUCCAGAUAACCUGCCGGGGCCGCUAAGGGUGUGCGCGCUCGCCCUCAACCAGAUCAAGGGCUUCAAGGAGCACCUGCCCCUCGUGUCCGUGCUGUGCAACAAGGGGCUGAGGGCCAGGCACUGGGAGAACCUCAACAAGGCGGCGGGAUUCGACAUCACGCCCAAUGCUGGCACCAGGUGA